GCUGUGCGCUGAUUGGUCGGCGUCCCUGUCACUCUGCGCUGUUUACAUCAAACGUGGCCGAGGUGGAAUUUCCCAGGUUACAAUAUAGAGCAGCAGAGCACUUCCGCAAUCAGAGACGAGAGGCCACUGCGAGCUGAAGUUUAGAGGACCAUGUCUAGGAAGUGACAGGUUAAGAUGGAAGGAAAAGGUCCGUAUCGCAUCUAUGAUCCAGGUGGGAGUGAGGUCAAGGCCAGAGAAGAGGCCGCCGGGGGAGUCAGCUAUCGACAGCUGCUGGAAGAGAACAGCAUGCUGAGGGAGCGUAUGAAGGGACUCAAGAGCUUAGGCGAUUUGCUGGAAGAGUCCCAAUCAGAGGCAUCGAGGCUUCGACAGCGCGUGGAGGAACUGGUGAGAGAUAACGAAGCCCUGAAGUCCUCCAGCUUCGCUGGCAGUCUGUGCACUGGGGGUCACAUUCAGAACGACACACAAAGUAAACCUUGUUUACAUCCCACGGCAACGCAGAAGGAGGAGCAGACUAGCUGUUUAGGGAAAACGCUGCAGUCUGAAAAGCCCAGUGAGGUUGUACCAGAAUAUGAAGUUGUGAACAUGGAAAAGGAGAAUCCAGAUCCAGCGGGGUCAGCGGCAGGAGCAGUCCACGAACUGGCGAGUCAGCUGAAGAAACUGGAGAGCUCCUUCAGCAUAUUCGCCGAGGAGUCCAAUCCGAACCAGCUGUUAGCCCACCUGGCCUGCAUGGCUGUGGAGUUCCACCAUCUCUCCUCUAAGGUCCAAAAGAACGAACAGAGGACCUCCCUGCUUCAGACUCUCUGCGAGCAGCUCCGACAGGAAAACAAUGAGCUUCGAAAGAAAAUGGAAGAGGACCAUCAUAUCAGAAACCGAGAUCUGGAGCAACUCAGACAGGAGAACCAAAAACUUAAGGAGCUUGUCACAGGAGGAGCAGGAGCAGCAGCAACCACCACGACAACUGCAGCAACAUCAUCUUCAUCUGCUGCUGCUGUAACGUCUGAGUCUGAACCUCCAGAGGCCAAGGAGCAGCCGGUGAAGGAAGAAGCUGUAGCUGUACGUCCUAAGAUGGAAGCCACCACACCACAGAAGAGUGGAAAAGCUACGGAGAAAACUGCAAAUAAAUCUUGUGAUGUGGAGGUUUAUGAAAAGAAGAUCAGGCUUUUGGAGAAGCAGCGAAAGGACGUACUGGAGGUGAACAAGCAGUGGGACAUUCAGUGGAACGCCAUGAAGUCACAGUUUGAGCAGAAGAUCACAGAUCUUAGACAACGACUGGCUGAGUCACAGAAAACUGUGCUCGAGCUGGAGGCAGAGCGGGAGCAGAGGCAGCGCGACUACGACAAGAAGUUGCUUCUUGCCAAGUCUAAAAUUGACAACGUGCAGGGGGAGAAGGAAUGUCUCAACUCGGAAACCACUGAGCUAAAGGAGAAGAUUCGCUACCUGCAGGAUCAGCUGCUGCCUCUCAGCAAACAGAGAGAGUACCAGGAGAAGGAGAUCCAGCGUCUCAAUAGGGCUUUAGAGGACGCACUGAACCUGCACACCCCGUCAUCCUCUCAACAGCCACCAGGGCAGGCCAACUUUGCAGACGCAGCCAACAACCUUAAGAAACAAGAACUGCUCACUCAGAUUGCUGUUCUAAAAGAACAGGUCAAGAUCUUUGAAGAAGACUUCAGGAAAGAGCGCAGUGACAGAGAGCGAAUGAAUGAGGAAAAGGAAGAUCUGAGACGACAAGUGGAGAGACUUCAGGGUCAGAUUACUAAUUUGACCAACCAGCUCCAUCAGGCACAGAACGAGUGUCAGAGAGAACGCACAGAGAGGUGUAAGCUGGAGAGACUGCAGAUGCAUCACAAACAGGGCCAGCAGCAGAAAAGACGUACCUCAGACCCCACGUCAGGCUCAGUGAACGGCCCGCUGAGCCCUCCCUACUGUGGUCCCUUUGUGCAGGUGGGACCGCAGGGCCUUGACGGCUGGCCUGUUUAUUUUCCUCCCCGGAUACCUAAUGCAGGAGGCGCCACAGCAGCACCGCCCCAUGUCCGAGACUUCCAGCUUGGUGCCCCGGGUUUUCCUUGGCCAUCAUCAUUCCCACAUCCCAGAGGGACCAGAGCGGUUGGAGAGAGUUCAAGACCACCACCAGAGAAUGCAGCGGCGGCCGCCGCAGCAGCAGCGGCUGCGGGGGCAGGAUUUGGAAAAAGGGAGCGACAAAACAUUGAGCCUGGAAAGCACUAAAGCAUCACCAUACCCACCUGUGGGAGUCUGGGUAGUAGCAUGAAAACAGUUUGUUUUUGAGUUGACAAAGUGUGAUUUGAUCUAUAAUUUUCCUACGGAACUGUAGAUAUCCGAUUGUAAUGUUGUUUAUAGCUGCGUUUUAUAAGGCUAUUUGUGAAACACUUGGCUAUUCUGAAUGAAAUAUUAUUUUGUGUUUUAUUAAAUUUUCUUUCCCUUUUUCAGGACCUCAAGUCAUUUGUUUAUUAGGUUUGAAUACUCGUGAUUGUCUCUCUGCAGUAAUGUAACAACUUUGACCCACAGUUCGUUACAUGUAGGGUUACAGGAAGCCAUUCCCCAAUAUGACUAUGACUACAUAUACUAAUUCCAAUGCUGAAUGAUGACGUAGGUACAUUAAAUCAUAGAGUUUUACAACGUGAAUGUCGAUUGAUUUGCAGAGAUCUCCUCAGUACCAUUGAUGUUGAAAACCUGUCCCGUGUGUAACUGUUCCAAAGUGGUUGUUGCGAUGCAAAAAGUUUGGGAAAUUUAAUUUUGAUCUUAUCAUACCAAAUACAUGAUUGUGAUUCUUGAUAAUUUAUUUAUAACUCUGUUUUUGAUAGUUGCAUUGACUAAGUGUAAAUCAUUGUCUUUAGUAAUGCUGUUCUUUCUAUGUUGUUAGUGUACUCCCAAUAUAUUGUAGCUAUUGACAUUGUAUGUUUGUACCAGACACAAGACACAAUGCACAAUACAUACCUUUUUUCUCCAUGGCAAUGGACCUAAUCUCAUUAAACACUUGUACUUUACCACAUUUGAUUUGAUCACUCGUUCUGAUAUUCACACACACACACACAUACAUACUCACACACACGCGCACACAUCUUGCUGCAUCCUGUACUUUUAGCCUUACAGUUGAGCCCCAGCACACACCUAUCUAGGUUACAGCACUAAAACACGCAGGCGGCAGCAGAGACGGCCGCCGUCGUCAGAGACCUGAUUUCAUUAACUAAUCUCAAAAACAUUUAAAUUCUGCUCACAUUUACAAAGUAAAGUGCACCUUUGCAUUUGUGUACUUUCCCUUUUGCUCCAGUGUCACUGCUCUAUCCAGUGGCACAACAGAAAUGAAUUCCAACAAGUUACAGGAGGCAGAAAUCCCGAUCAGUGAGCUGUGACGUGAGACAUUUGAAGUGCACCUCUAAAGGUACGCUGUAUUUACCUGCAGUUGUAUUUCCUUGGUUUGUGGCCCCUUUUAUUUUGCUGUUGGCAAAAGCACAUGUGAGACUUUUUGUAUUUGACUGGCUUAAUAAAAUUUAUUCUUAAGUGUCUACUAA